AUGGUUGGAAAACAAAAGAACAACGACGAGAAGUCGAAGAACAAGAAUACCCAGCAGGUCACAAAACGCCGCAACAACAUGAGUGAAGUUGAACGCACAAUCGACAACGCCAAGAGGGCAGAUACAGCUGCUGUUUCAUAUGCCUUGCGAAAUCUCCGGGCAACUUCUGAGUUCAAGAACCUCGACAGCCAAGCUCAAGAACGUCGAGUAGAAGCCAAAAAGACCAAGGUAGCUCUCAAGCGUGUACGUGAUGGAAAGCAUGCAACUGUUGUUCAGCAACGUCUUGGGAUUGGUGAGGGAGGGGGGGCAUAUUCUCUUUGGGACGACGGAAACAUUGCUUGGGUGUUACGACAGAACAAGAAGGCUGGCCAACUACAGGACAGGAAGGAGGGAGGUCGCAUGAGACCGGCCCUGGUACCUGGAGGGGCAGCGGGGAAUAGUAGUUCCGAAAGUAUCACGUGA